CCACCCGACGCGACAUCCCCUCAAGCGGCAGGCGAGAACAACUCUGGUCCCCCGUCGGAUGUUUCGUGACAAUUAUUACGGUAUAUAACGGCACUAAGAUGCAGCCUUUCUGCCCUUAAUCGCUUGAGCUGUUGCGUUGAUUUUCGUUCCUCCCAUAACUUGCAACUAUGCUUCCCUGUUUUCGGUUUCAAAGGACAGGGAAGUGCUCUUUCGGGGACCGAUGUCAAUACAGUCACGCCGUGCCUCCGCCGCCGCCAACACCGCGACCUGCUAUGACACAAACUCAGACGGGCCAAGUCAAGAAACGGACCAAGUUGAGCGACUCUGUCAUGGCGCUGAUUAAGGCUGCGAAGGAGGAGGGCGAACCGGCUCAGACGAGCGAAGUCAAGGAACCAAUCAAGGUCACGACGAACGAAGUCAAGGCACCAAUGAACGUUACGGUUACCAAAGUCCAAGCCAAGGAACCGAAGACAACACCCCCGCUUCCACCUUCUACUAACGCCUCUGGAUCACAACGAGUGAUGAGAAAACCGCUCCCGGCACUAAAGUAUAAACUCAGUCCGCCUCCAACCCCGCGCCCGAAACGAAAGCGUAUACCCAGUCCGCCUCCGACCCCGCCCCCGGAACCGAAGUAUACACCCAGUCCGCCUCCGACCCAAGGCUCGGUGUACUUCGAAAACUUCUUUGCCGACUAUGAAUUCGAUUACGACCCCUCACAACCUAUCAUGGGCGAAUUCUAUCGCAUGAGCAAAUCGUACAAGUGGGAGAAGGACAGUAAAGAGGUGACGGAGGCUCGCGACCGAGUUCGAAACGCUAUAGCUGAGACGUUCAACGAUACAUAUGGGAAGGACGUGAACGACCUCAGUGCGUGGCAUAACCUCUGUCGAGCCGUACGCAUCGACCCUCUUCCUGAGGAUAUUCAGUCGUGUCGCGAGCGUGUGGACGCAGUCUUCGUCAACAUCUGUGACCUCGUCGAUGCGCGAACUUCCGGACGAGAGGUCCCUCUCUUCGACUCUGAGCUUCGUCUUGCUGUAUACAGCAGAAAACACGGGAAAAUCUACCCGAAGCAGAAUGCGCGCGCUGGCGGUUUGCUUCGCUAUCUCUUACGACGGAUUGACGAUCCCAGGAUGGGUCCAGAGGGCGAGUCGAGCUAUAUAUUGGCUAAUAUAGGGAGGCCGACGAGGAGACAUAGGAUUAGACGAGGAGGGUACGGAGGGCAGUAGUCGCUGUUGUUGAAGACCACGAUGUGCAGUAUGAGGUUCUGUACGAUAAUUUCGUUGUCUAGGCUGAUCCCCACACGGUCAGUGCGAGGCGGAAUAAAUUCUCACUUUCC